CUCCAUCACACAAUCCAUCCCUGAUAUCCAGAAAAACUUUGCCGUAUCUUCACACUUCCAUCCAUAUUUCCAUAAUGAGUAUUGCUCAGCUCGAAGCCCUUGCUGCUUACUCUGCUUGUGACGUCUGCGAUGCGUUGCUUAAGUUGCAGGUUCCGGGUGCUGGCUUUCUUGCGGAUAUAGCACCCAUCUCAACCCCAACAAACACGACCCAAACCCGCACCAUCGCCCCCGCAAGCACCAUCCUCUUCGCCCCGUCCCCCAGUCCCUCCUUUCCCAACCGCCCAACCCCCAACCCCGCUGUCCCCACCAACCAAGGCACGCCUCUCCCAGCUGGGACGCCGUACGCGGAUGCCGUCUCGGACGGCACCAUCGUGGUGCUCUCGCAGCCCGCGGACCAGACUUGCGCGGUCGUCGGCGGCAUCAACGCCGUGCGUAUGGCGCGGCGCGGCGUACAGGGCAUUCUUGUUUCAGGCCGCGUGCGCGACUUGGAGGCGCUGCGCGAUGUGCAGGAGGAGGACGGUGUGCCGGUGUGGGCGAGGGGCGGGAGUGCGGUGGGAGCUGGGGCGCAGGCGAAGGCUGUGGUGCUGGAUGCGGAUGUGAGAGUUGGGGAGUGUGUUGUUGGUCCGGGCGACAUCAUUAUGCUUGAUCCGACUGAGAACGCGGCUGUCGUCAUACCGCUUAAGAAGCUGGAUGAAGCGUUGGAGUUGCUGCCGCGGCUGGUGGAGGCGGAUGAGAAGGUUAUGAAGGAUGUGAAGGCGGGAGGGACGGUCGGCGAGGCGUUUGCGAAGUACCGGGGGAAAUGAGCUCAGGAAGACGAUCAGAGAGUGUGGAAACGAUCCCCAUAGUGGACUCCGACCGCGCAUUUAAAGAGGUGGUAGGAAGUUUGAUAGAGCAGAGGAGUCUGUUGGUGUAGAGGUGAAACGAGCACGAAAUGAUGUUUGAGUUAGCGAUGCUGUAUAUGGGAGAAGAUGUUCAAGAGAGUUUAAGUGAGGACGAAGCUCGGAAGUCAAUACGUUUGCUACACGUAAGAGCUUUACGAAGCUAGAAAGCCUCGGUCAAGGACAAACGACCCUCAAAGAGCAUGGAGAAGAACAGUCUUUUCUAGAAGCAGCUCGUGGAAACGCGAAAAGAAGUUACAAAUCAUGUAUAGUGAAAGAGCUUGGAAGAACACCUGCAGCCG